AUGGCUGAUUUAUUUGCUCCUGCUCCUGAACCAUCUACAGAGUUAGGACGUCUCAGAGUUCUUUCUAAAAGUGCUGGUAUUAGAGUUUCCCCUCUCAUUUUGGGAGGAAUGUCAAUUGGCGACGCUUGGUCUGAAAUCCUAGGAUCAAUGAGCAAGGAGCGAGCUUUUGAGUUGCUCGAUGCUUUUUAUGAGGCAGGUGGAAAUUUCAUUGAUACUGCAAAUAAUUAUCAAAACGAACAGUCAGAAGCUUGGAUCGGUGAAUGGAUGGUUUCAAGAAAAUUACGCGACCAGAUUGUAAUCGCCACCAAGUUUACCACUGACUAUAAGAAAUACGACGUUGGUGGUGGUAAAAGCGCAAACUACUGUGGCAAUCACAAGCGUAGUUUGCAUGUGAGUGUGAGGGAUUCUCUCCGCAAAUUGCAAACUGAUUGGAUUGAUAUACUUUACGUUCACUGGUGGGAUUAUAUGAGUUCUAUCGAAGAAGUUAUGGAUAGUUUACACAUUCUAGUGCAGCAGGCAAGGUCCUCUAUUUGGGUGUGUCUGAUACGCCUGCCUGGGUUGUUUCUGCGGCAAAUUACUACGCUAAAUCUCAUGGUAAAACCCCUUUUAGCAUCUAUCAAGGUAAAUGGAACCUGUUGAACAGAGACUUCGAACGUGAUAUCAUUCCAAUGGCUAGGCAUUUCGGUAUGGCCCUCGCCCCAUGGGAUGUCAUGGGAGGUGGAAGAUUUCAGAGUAAAAAAGCAAUGGAGGAACGGAGGAAGAAUGGAGAGGGUAUUCGUUCUUUCGUUGGCGCCUCUGAACAAACAGAUGCAGAAAUCAAGAUUAGUGAAGCAUUGGCCAAGGUUGCUGAGGAACAUGGCACUGAAUCUGUUACUGCUAUUGCUAUUGCCUAUGUUCGCUCUAAGGCGAAAAAUGUUUUUCCAUUGGUUGGAGGAAGGAAAAUUGAACACCUCAAACAGAACAUUGAGGCUUUGAGCAUUAAAUUAACACCAGAACAAAUAAAGUACUUAGAAAGUAUUAUUCCUUUUGAUGUUGGUUUUCCUACUAAUUUUAUCGGUGAUGAUCCGGCUGUUACCAAGAAGGCUUCACUUCUCACGGCAAUGUCUGCGCAGAUUUCCUUCGAUUAA